AUGCUAUCAGUCUACUCGCAUCAUGGUCAACUUGACGAAGCAAGAAUUGUGUUUGAAGAAAUGCCUGAGCGAGACACAAUUUCGUGGAACUCUAUGCUAGCAGCAUAUAUUCAAAGCGGGAAUUUGCGAGAAGCGUUGUCCUUGUUAGAAAGGAUGCCAAGAAAAAAUUUGGUGUCAUACAACUUAAUUCUAAGCGCUUUAGCCGCUCAAGGUCUCUUUGACGAAGCAAAGGAAUUCUUUGCUAAAAUUCCCAAUCCAAGCAUUAUCUCGUGGAAUACACUCCUUGCUGCAUAUACUCCAAUUGGGCAUCUUUACGAGAUCAUCAAGCUUUACGACCAAAUUCCAAACAAGGAUAUAAUCUCAGACACGGCACUCUUGAAUGCCUUUUCUGAAAAUGGGAAACUUGAGCCAGCAAAGAUGGUAUUUGAUGGAAUGGAGGAAUGGGACCUUGUGUCAAUGAAUGCAAUGCUAGCGGCAUUUUGUGACAGUGGGAGCUCGUUCAAUGCCAAGGAGAUGCUCAGUUGGAUGUGUGCCCGGAAUCUUAGCUCUUGGAACUGCGUUCUCCGAUCAUUUGCUCUUGAUGGGGAUCUUGACGAGACAAAGAGAUUAUUUGACAAAAUGCCCGAGUGGGACCAAAUGUCUUUCAAUUUCAUGCUUCCGGCAUAUGUCUCAGGCGGGCAUCAUGGUCUUGCUAAAGUAAUGUACGAAACACUACUUCCUGAGAAAGAUUCCUUUUCACACGUCGCCAUGCUAAGUGCCUACACUGUACAGGGCAAGGUUGACGAUGCAAAGCUUUUGUUUGAUAGCAUGCCAUACAGGUCUCUUUUUAUUUGGAACUCUAUGCUUUCGGCAUAUGCCCAAAACGGUCAUCCGGACAAUGCAAAACAUCAUUUUGAUGCCAUGCCCGAGUGGGACAUUGUCGCUUGGACCUCUUUAUUAUAUUCCAGAAAUUAUCAAGGAAAUGUGGAGGAAGCGAAGGUGUUGUUUGAGAAGAUGCCUGAGCGAGAUCUAAUCGCAUGGAAUGCUAUGUUUUCAGGACAUUCCCAACACAGGCAUUUAGAAGACUCAAAGUGCCUGUUUGAUUUGAUGCCUUCCCACAAUAUUGUCUCUUACAACACUCUGAUGGCAGCUUACUCUCAGCAUGGAUACAUCGAGGAUGCCCUCUUGCUCUUCCAGAAAAUGAGACACAGGAACUCUAUUUCGUGGAACACUCUACUUGUGUCAUAUGCUCAAAAUGAGCAUACUACUACUGGAAAGGCGUUUUUCUCAACCUUGCCCGAGCAAAAUCUGGUUUCUUGGAAUGUAGUAAUUGGAAUGUAUGCUUUAAAUGGGCAAACUGCACAAUCCUUGGAGCUCUUUAGAAACUGUGUUGCUGAUGGUGUCAAGCUGGAUGAUGUAUCUUUUACCUCUGCAUUGAUUGCUUUGAGCCAUAGCGGUGAGGUUGACGAUUCACUUUUUCUGUUUAAAUCAAUGAUAACAGACUACUUAGUAACGCCUGGCAAGCAACAAUAUGGUUGUAUCAUCUCCUUGUUUGCUCGUGGAGGAUAUGAUAGAUCCUGUAAAGAACUCAUUGAUACAAUGCCUUUCUUUCCUGAUACUCACGACUGA